UAAACAUAGAGAAUUCCCUUUUUCAAGGUUUCUUCUUCUCUAUCUUGCAAGCCUCUCUCAGUCAUCUGCUGUUGAUUCAUAUAGUUAUUGUUGAGAGUUUUACAAAAAAAAUCUUGCCAAGAUGAUGAACGAAGAAGGACAAAACAUGGAUCUCUACAUCCCAAGGAAAUGUUCUGCUACAAAUAGAAUUAUUACUGCAAAAGACCAUGCUUCAGUUCAGCUUAACAUUGGUCAUCUUAAUGAGAAUGGUGUUUAUAUUAGAGAGUUCUCCACUUUUGCCCUUAGUGGUUUCGUUCGUGCCCAGGGAGAUGCUGACAGUGCAGUCGAUCGGCUAUGGCAGAAGAAGAAAGUUGAUGUAAAACACUAGUAGGUGCAUGUCAAGAUCUAUGGUCGUGGGUAUGUUGGCAGGAGAGGUGUAAUGUCACGAGUACUGCAAUAUUUAGUAUCUUUACAUUUAAUCUGUUAUUGCUAAACCAGUUGUGAAAUUGAACAUCUUUUCGUGAUUUUGUGUAAGUUUUCAUUUCAAGAAUCAUGAAAGUUAGUUUGAUCUUGUGGUGCAAAACCUAAUUGAUGAACUUUCCAGUUCUCCGAGGGGUUACGUCUUUUAUUGCCUUUGCUUGCCUUACUUUUUGUUAAACAGAGAAUGUAGUAGUAUUUUCUUUUUGAAGGCAGUUGCAUGAUA